AUGCGAGGAGGCACUCGUCAAUGUGCGCUGUGCCUGCGAGGAGGCGACUGGUCACCCCAUCCAGUACUCCCCUCACUCACUCGUAGAGGCAUCACAGUCCUCGUCGACAUUGACGGUCUCAGUCUGCGCCACCUGUGGGGUCCCUGGAUUAGUCUCCUCGUGAAUGUGAUCGACCUCUGUCAGGCCAACUACCCCGAAUGUCUCAAAACUCUCCUCAUCACGCGGGUGCCCUCCACCUUCCCCCUCAUUUGUACAAUCCUCCGAUCACUCCUCGACCGCAUUUCUCACUCCAAGAUUGCCGUCUUCACUGAAAACGAACUCGCCGGACUUGCCCAGUUCAUCCCCUCAGACCAAAUCCCCGCCUUUUUGGGGGGGCCCUCCCAGUCGGGGGUGGAUUUGAAGCUGGACAACUGCCAAGUGCCGAUGGAGAAUUACUGCAACGGGACCCUAAUAGUGGACGACGACAAGGGGAACACAAUGGAGACACACCGGGGUAACAAGUUGUGGAGUACUUCCCUCUACCGUUCCAUCUACGUCGUCAAGGACAAUCCACAUGAGAUUGAAUUCCAGGCCAAUUCGUGUGAUGUGAUCCACUGGGACUUUGAUGUGCUCAAAGGGGACGUCCUCUUUUCCAUUUUCCUGGUGAAGGAGGAGGACAGUCAGUUUGUGUGUCCCAAGCCCAGGAAGUACUCCUUCGUGGGGAUCAGCAGUGGAAUGAGUCCUCGCCGACUGCUGCGACACUCCCACAAACUCGACCCAGUCAUCCCCGUCUUGGAGUACCACUUUGGCAACAGUGUCCAGGACUCACUCAAAGUGGCUGUCAAAGGCUUGUAUGUCCUCCAGUGGAGUGCCUCUGCCAAUUUCCUCCAGUCCAAGAGCAAGUUUAUGUACUAUGCCCAACUGUUCACGAGGGAGGACAUCAGGUCUGACUGUUUUCAGUAUUCUUAG